AUGGCCAUCAUAGUUCUACAGGUCACCCUUCAGGGUACUCUUUCAGUAUCAAAAGGUCUGUCCACUCUCCCUAGAAGAAGCCAAAAAAUAAACUUCCCUGUUAAAACUCCCUCACUCCCCCAACAUGAGUUCAGCUCCCAAAGCCAAGAGGAAGGUAAUGAGGCCAAGUAUUGGGUUUGCCAAAAAGUUUGUAACACCUCACGGAGAAACCCAAAUGAAAAUUUUGGCCAACCCAAUACUGUCCUUGGAUUCUCACCACUGCGACUUCUUAUGGACCAUACUGCAACUUCACUGCCAAAAUUAUAG